UUCGCAAAAGAGGGAAGUUCGCUGUUGUCACUUUACAAAGGAGAACGUUUUCUGAUAGUGAAUUUGAACACAACAUACAGACCCUGCCCCAAUAGCACCAUGUCCCAGGCCCAGACCCAGGCGGGGUCCAUGGCUGGCCUAAAGCCCCAGGAGGUAGCUUUCUGGCUGGGGAAGGCAGUGGAAUGGGGCCAGGCUGAGAGCCCAGACACCCAGAGAGACACCUGCCUCCACAUGGGCCCUCUCAGGGCCUUCCUCCAGCUCCUCCUCACACACAUACCCACAUGGAGCUCCACCACAGAGACCAUGAGGACUGUUCCCUUCAUAGGCCAGUUCCUCGGCCGCCUCUGCUGGAACCCUUAUGUCACUGCUGAUGCUGAGAGCCGCUCGCUCCUGUUCCAGAGUCUGUGGAGUCUGUAUUCAGAGGAACCUCACAACGCUGUCGAGAGGAAGGCCAACCAGUGGAUACGGAAUUUGUUAUGUCAGCUUGCUACAGAAGAAGAGGACAGUGCAACAUAUGUGUUACUGAAACAUAUGGGCCUGCCACCAAAGGAAUACAAUUUAAAGGUUCUAAGAAAGAUGGUGUGGUUGCUAGUGGAGGAGGUUGGGGAGAGCUGCAGCAGUUUGGCUGACCCUAACCAGAGGUGUUCGUGUGACAGUGUUCUUGCUGCAUCAGUGGCAUGUGUCCCCCUGGUCACAUGUCCUGAGACUGCUCCUCUCAUUGGUGCGUUGCUGCAGCGGCCGGUGACCUGCGAUAAGGCAGCCCUCAGCCAGGACUUCCUUGAUGCUGUAAGCUCCGCCUACUCCAGAAAGUGUGUGUCUCUGGAGGCCCAGGCGGUGGUGUCUCUGUGGUGCCAUAGCCUGGCCAGCCUAGAGGGGGCAGUGAUGUCUCUACUGGACUCUGUGCUCUCCAACCCAGCCUCCAUACCGCACAACCUAGAGCACACCAUCACUCACUCACUACUGCCUAAAGCCUGCUCCCAGCACGGCUCCAUAUUCUUAAUAGUGAACGACAUCUUCAGGUCCAUGCUGGUGCAGGUGGAGGGGAACCAGACUGUGCUCUCUCUCAUCCACACCUUCACUCUCUGCUUCCUCAGGGAACUGGCAGCCAUGCAGCCUCAAGAGUGUGUGUCCUUGAAGGCCUUCUUCCCACACACACCCCAGAGCUUACUGGCCCCUCUGCUGACCCAUCCUUCAGAUAUGGCCCAGGAGGCGUGGCCAGAACACCUGGCCUGGGUCACUGCAUCAUUACAGAGACUCACUGAGGAAGAGGAGGAAGAGGAAGGCAACAGGGGUCAGUGUGGAGUGUUUGAGGCAUGGUUCCUGCUGGUGCAGUGUGCUAACUGGGUGGAGGUGGCCAGCCAGCUACUGGUCUCAGCCAGACCCCAGGACUGUGGCCCCCUGCUGUGGCUCCUCACCUUCUACCACCACCCUACCAACCAGGGGCACCACCGGACACAGCAGCUAGUGGCAGCCAGAGCAGUCUGGGAUCACCUGAGGUCACUCUUCCUGCUCUCAGCUCCUCCUCUUCCUGCUGACCAACUGCAGUUAUUGGUUGAGCUGAUGUCAGCCGUCCCCCAGCAGCCGUCCCUGGACUCGCUAUUGGUCGCCAGCCUCCUGGUCAACUUUGCAGUUUUCUCCCACAACCCCCUGAGUGGUGCCAGGGAGAUAGUCCACAUGGUGGUGCAGCAGUCAGGGCUGGUCCGUGAAGCAGUGUGUGUUCUCAACAUGGUUGAGCUCAGACUAAACAGAGAGAGAUCUUCCUGCAGCCUCACUGACAGAGUUAAGCCCAGGACCAGGGCUCUUCACGACACACUCACACACAUGGCACAACACGACACACACACACACAUGGUACAACAUGACACACACACAGACACACAGCCACUAUGGCAGCGAUGGGAUACACACACAGCCGUGCCAGGCUGCUCCACCAACCAGACGCUAUGACACUGACAGGAUACACACACAGCCGUGCCAGGCUGCUCCACCAACCAGACGCUAUGACACUGACAGGAUACACACACAGCGGUGCCAGGCUGCUCCACCAACCAGACGCUAUGACACUGACAGGAUACACACACAGCCGUGCCAGGCUGCUCCACCAACCAGACGCUAUGACACUGACAGGAUACACACACACACAGAUGCUACAGAUACGACAGUCACAACUAGACACACACACGUAUCAGGACACACGCUUAGCUGUGCAAGAGCACAAGUCAUAAAACGUGCCCUAACCCUCCCACUCAUAUAAUUGCCUCAGAACACAUUCCUCUAAUUACACACAUAUGGGGAAACAUCCAUUUGUUUGAAGGGAAAUGACAUGGAACAACACCUGAUAUGGACACAAUGUUUUUCUCUACAGAAUGACUCUACACCAAUGAUACUGAAUUGUAUAGUACCAACCUAUACUAAAGAAAUGUGAUGUCAACCCUUCUUCAACUCUCAUUAUGAAUAUGGAAAUAUUUAUAAUUUGUUAAUACAAUCAGAGUAAUGGUCUAUAA